AUGGCUAUUACAGUUGGUAUUAACGGUUUCGGUCGUAUUGGUCGUUUAGUCUUGAGAAUUGCUUUAUCAAGAAAAGACAUCAACAUUGUUGCCAUCAAUGAUCCAUUCAUUGCUCCAGAAUAUGCUGCUUACAUGUUCAAAUAUGAUUCUACUCAUGGUCGUUACCAAGGUGAAGUUUCCCAUGAAGGUUCAAACUUAGUCAUUGACGGUCAUACCAUCAAGGUCUACCAAGAAAGAGACCCAUCUUCAAUCCCAUGGGGUAAAGAUGGUGUUGAUUACGUUAUUGACUCUACUGGUGUCUUCAAAGAAUUAGACACUGCUCAAAAACAUAUUGAUGCCGGUGCUAAGAAAGUUUUGAUCACUGCUCCAUCAUCAACUGCUCCAAUGUUUGUUGUCGGUGUCAAUGAAGACAAAUAUACUCCAGAUUUAAACAUUAUCUCAAAUGCUUCAUGUACCACUAACUGUUUGGCUCCAUUAGCUAAAAUCAUCAAUGACAAAUUCGGUAUUGAAGAAGGUUUGAUGACCACUGUCCACUCCAUCACUGCUACCCAAAAAACUGUUGAUGGUCCAUCCCACAAGGACUGGAGAGGUGGUCGUACCGCUUCUGGUAACAUUAUUCCAUCAUCAACUGGUGCUGCUAAAGCUGUUGGUAAAGUUAUUCCAGAAUUAAAAGGUAAAUUAACUGGUAUGUCUUUAAGAGUUCCAACUGUUGAUGUUUCAGUUGUUGAUUUAACUGUUAAAUUAUUAAAAGAUGCUACUUAUGAUGAAAUCAAAGCUGCUGUCAAAGAAGCUGCUGAAGGUCCAUUAAAAGGUGUUGUCGGUUACACUGAAGAUGCUGUUGUCUCAUCAGAUUUCUUGACUGAUUCUCGUUCAUCAAUCUUUGAUGCUUCAGCUGGUAUCUGGUUAUCACCAAAAUUCGUUAAAUUGAUCUCAUGGUACGAUAAUGAAUACGGUUAUUCCACCAGAGUUGUUGAUUUAUUAGAAUACGUUGCUAAAAAAUAG